AUGUCUUCCACGUGGUCCGAUCAAGCAGCAUCCUACAGCACAGCAGGAGCCAAGAGCGAGCUGUCAAGGGACUACGAUGGCGCGUUCACCAACUAUGUACGAGCAGCGGAAAUCUACAUGAGAUUGGCACGGUCGGGUGAGAGUGCAGAUGUUCGUGAGAGGGCUAGAAAUGCUGCUGGAAGAGUGAUGCAAAGGGCAGAAAAAGUGAGACCUUUGAGAAGGGACAAGGGAUUGUUGGAUCCAGGUGAGUGAGCUCUGCGCGUCGUGGCAUUUCCAGGUGGUGGGGGUGCGGAGGGGCGCUGAUGGAUGCCAUUCCUUCUGCGAUGUGCACGCUCAAGCACUGCAGCACAGCAAAGUCGCACGUUGUCAGCUUCUGCUCUCAUAGCUGGACUCAGGUACGAGCAGUGGGAUGGACAGGGCGGACCUUCGAACCUCAAGCCGUGAGUCGCUCAUUGUUGCAUCAUCGCGAGGCUCAUCUGCUGAGCCAUCAUAGCCCUCGUGCCGCGUUCAGGCUGCCGCUUUCGCCCUUCUCGCCCGCUCAACAGGCGCUGGGUGUGCAGUACAGAAGUCCGAAUGGUACCAUCAAGGGCAAGGAACCAUUGCGAGGCGAGGAUAUACGUCAGGACGUUGUGACCGACUGUAGCGUAGUGGCAGCGUUGGAGGCAGCUGCGGAGCACGACAUAGUUUGGGGCACGAAGGUGAGGCACCUUGAUAUAAGACGUGCUGGACUAUGAUGCUGACUCGAAGUGAUACUGCACUCUCCUCGUAGCUGGCUUCUUCAGCCCUCUUCCCUCAAGAUGCCAAUGGACGGCCCUGCAAGUCGCCAGCAGGCGAGCACAAAGUGCGACUUCACCUGAACGGCACCACACGAUGUGUACCCAUCAAUGACGAGCUGCCCUGCUACGCAGACGGAACGCCCAUGUGCGCUCGAGGGCAACAGAGGGCAGACGAGGCUUCGCCAUCAGCCUCAAGCUUCGUUUUGUGGCCCAGCUUGAUUGAAAAGGCUUAUCUGAGAGUCAUGGGCGGCUAUGACUUCCGAGGAUCCAACAGCGCGGCAGAUCUGUACGCCCUGACUGGCUGGAUACCGGAGCAGGUGGGACUCGGAAGCCACGCUGGUUUUCAAAGAGAAAAAACAUGGGAGAGGCUGUCGGGUGCCUGGAAGAAGGGAGACGUGAUCAUCACCGCGGGUACUGGUGCGGGUGCAAAUGCAGUCUCUAGCACAGACGCAAACGGGUCUCUGGAUCUGUUGGUCGACUCGCAUGAUUAUGCGGUGCUUCAACUUGGCGAAAAGGACGGUAGCAGGUCUGUGCUCUGUCUCAAUCCGUGGAGCAGUCAACGAGGCCGCGAUCAGGAGGGUCGGUUGCACUUGGACAGCGUGCAGUCGCCCGCCAAUCCCAACGACGCUUUGCGCUCAGAGCCAUUCUGGAUGAGCUGGGACGAGGUGUGCGAACGAUUUGACGCCUUGUACGUCAAUUGGAACCCAUCCUUGAUGAAGCACAGCGUGGAAGCACACUUCACGCUUCGCAAGCAAGGCACCGCAGCUCCAGAUUUGGGGGAGAGCAUGCGUCAGAAUCCGCAGCUGAAGCUUGACAUUUUGAAAUCGGAUGGAGCUUGCGAAGGCAAAGAAGUGUGGCUGCAUCUAGCACGACAUUUUGGGCCGACUAAGGAGAAUUUGACGGGGUCGGGGGAUUAUGUCGCCCUGCACGUCUUUGAGAAUGCGGGCAAUAAGCGCAUGUACAGGCAGCGAGUGGAUGGCAAAAUGGUGAGCUGCAAAAGGUCUAGGUUGCGCGUGUACACAUCGCUCAUAGUCUGUGCUUUGCGGCUCAGGGCACCUACAUCGAUGGGAUGCACAACCUCGUCCGAUUCAGAGUGCCAGCCUCGACGAGCGGCUCCUACACUUUGGUGGUCUCUAGACAUGGCGGUGCAGAUGAUGCCUCCUUCACCCUUCGUGCUCACGGCACGCACGAAAUGACACUCAGCGAGCUGCCUAGAGCUCAUCCGCACGAGAUCAGUGUGAGUGUGGCGGUCAUUUUGUGACACGUCAUAGUCCUGACACGAUGCUGCGCUGCUCUUCGCAGCUACCCGGCGCAUGGAAAGCACGCUCAGCGGGAGGAAACAGCACAUUUGCCACAUUCGUACACAAUCCCCAAUUUCGGAUGAUCGUCCCUUCCACCUCGUCCAACGCCGAUAUAUUGCUCACGUUGGAAGCGAGCAAGGACCUGCCUGUUCAAGCCCUUCUACUCUGGUCUAGCGGUCGACGUGUUUCGCACUGCAUCAGCUCAGACGUGGUGGCAUCCAGCGGCGACUUUUCCUACGGUCUCGCCGUCCUGCAAGCCUCUGUGCAAGCUGGAAGCUACACGCUUGUGCUGCAGACUUUUGAGCCGGGUCAAGAAGGCAGCUUCAUGUUAAAUGUGCAGAGCUCCAUUCCAUACUUGGUGCUGGAACAGAUUCCACCCGAAGGAGCAGGUAUGUACACGCGUUGUUGCAGAGGAUCUUGGAACGUGUCAUCGUCCCCGCCCAAGUUCAAGCUGGAGGUGAAGCAGCCAAGCUCCAAAUUUGUUGUGCGGCUUCAAAGUCGAGAAGUUGCCAGCUCAGGUCGACCAGCCGUACAGCUCAGCAUUAUGGACGCUGCUACUGGUCGUCAGGUUGAGACCAGUGGACCCUUUGUCGACCACGUAUGCGGCGUCUUGAUCGACGAUCUCAGACUCUCUCAGGGCGAGUACUUCUUGCUGCCCAGGUAUCACGGCGCAGGCAUCCAAACGGGCUUCUUCAUCGAUGUUCACUCGGAUGCUCCCAUCGUUUGCACGCCUGCCUAA